CACACUCUCACACACACACACGCACACACGCACGUCCUGCUACUUUUGUGGAUUACUGUUUUUAUGGCAAUGUUUCUAACCUACUUUUUAAUAACCACAUUUUGUACUACUGUAAUCUGGGUUCAAGCUGAUAAAGGAGAACUGCAAACGCUCCGUCGACAGAAAAGAGAAUGGUUCAUCCCUCCAAAGAAGCUGAUGGAGAAUGUGGAUUAUACCAAUCAAGAAUUCAUUAUGAAAAUACGAUCGGAUGAAGAGACCAGGGAAGAUAUUAGAUAUUAUCUAAUAGGAUCUGCGGCGGAUGAAGGAUUAUUCACCGUCAACCCAAAGAAUGGCUAUGUCAGGAUCCAUGGCAUCUUGGACAGAGAGAAAAACGCGACUUAUGAACUCAAAGGGACAGCGAUGCUACCAGAUGGAAAAAAGGCUGAAAAGGACCUUGAGUUGAGAAUCAUUGUUGAAGACCAGAAUGACUGCGACCCUUCUUUUAAUAUUUCAUUCACUGGUUCUGUUGAAGAGCUCAGUGACAAAGACACUUCUGUAAUUACAGUCACAGCCUAUGAUAAAGACGAGCCAGGCACACCGAAUUCAAAAAUUGCAUACAGGGUUAUUCAGCAGGAGCCAGCGAAAGAGUCAAUGUUCAAAAUUGAGCGAUCCUCUGGUGAAAUCAAAGUCAAAAUGAACACUCUGGACAGAGAGACACAAGACACGUACAAACUGAUAAUCACAGGCACAGACAUGGACGGACGCGAUACUGAUCCCCAAAACAAACCACGGACAGGAACAGGGACUGUGACCAUCAGCAUACUUGAUGUCAACGAUAACAUCCCCAUAUUAGAGGACGGCUCUUAUGAGGGGACUGUGGAGGAGAAUAGAAUAAAUACGAAAGUGGAAAUGGAAGUCCGAAUUAAGGCCACAGACAAGGAUAAGAUUCGCACUGAAAACUGGGAGGCUGUGUACACCAUCAUUUCUGGAAAUGAGGCCGGUUACUUCAAUAUCAGCACGGACCCCAAAACUAACGAGGGCAUCCUAACAGUCAAGAAGGAGCUGAACUAUGAAGAGUUGAAAGAGAUCGAUCUGGAAGUGGUAGUCAACAACAAGGCGCCUUAUCACAAGUCAGUGGUGACUGACAAGCGCAGAAAAUACCCCAUUAAGAUCAGAGUGCUAAAUGUGCCUGAAGCCCCUCAGUUCGUCCCCACUGUCAAAAAUGUCUCCAUCUCUGAAGACAGCACCACCAUUGACCUGAGUAAGGCCAUCACCAUCUUCACAGCCAAUGACACUGAUACACAAUCAACGGCCACUAAUAUCAGGUAUCUAAAAGGAAAAGAUGUUGACAACUGGGUGAGCAUUAAUGAGAAAACAGCUGAGAUCAAACUCAACAAAUAUCCAGACUACGAGUCCAAGUUCCUGAACAAUGGAGUUUACUACAUGACAAUCUUAGGCAUCACCAAUGAUUUUCCACCCAAAACUGCGACAGGAACUCUUGCAAUUCACGUGCAGAAUUUCAAUGACCACUGUCCAGUUCUGACCAGCUCAGUCGAAACGCUGUGUUACGGCAAGAGGGAACUGAAAGUCACAGCCAUGGAUAAGGAUAAACACCCCAAUGCUGAAACUUUCAAAUUCUGUUUGGUUACCAACAGCACAAAAGAGAACUGGAGCACUGAGCGUCUCAACAAAACAACAGUCACUCUGCGCAGUCAGGAGAUCCUGUGGCCAGGACAUUACACAGUGGCACUGGAUGUCCAAGACCAGGAGGGAAAGUCCUGUGAGGUUCAAAAGCUUCAGGUAGCCGUGUGCACUUGCACUGAGGCACAAGUGUGUCAACAUAGGGCACAGACCAGAUCAGGCAAUAUACUGGGAACAGGUGGAAUUCUGGUAGCACUGCUAGGAAUCCUACUUCUUUUGUUGAUUCCAGUGCUUUUGCUGUUUUGUGAGUGUGGAGAUGCUACAACUCUUGAUGGUUUCAAGGCCUUCCCCUAUGAACAAAGCCAGCAACUUGUCAUCUAUUGCACUGAAGGCAAAGGAGAGCUUAAGGAACUACCACUGCUAUCUCAGAUACCCAUUGACAGCAGCGGGAAAUUCGAAGCUCAAUGGCAAACAACUGAAAACUGGAGAAAGUAUAGACGGGAAUCUGAAGAGCAAUACAUAAAUCACCAGUGGCAUGUCAACCAGUAUGAGGGUGCCUAUGUUGAAAAUGCAAUUGUAAAUGGAAGACAUUCUGAAAAUGUUACAGUGGACACCCUUGAAAGCAUGGCUUUAACCGAGACCUUGUUAGGCAACUACUUUGUAAAGAAAGCACUGGAUAUAGUGAAGCAGGAGGCUACUGCAAACGAGCUGCUGAGGUUUGAUGAUGAAACCUGCAACUCAGUCACAGGCUCCUUAGAGGACCUCUGUGACUAUAUAGAUGAUAAAGAUGAUCUGGAUUUCCUUGAUGACCUCGGGCCUCAGUUCAAAAGGCUUGCUGAGAUUUGCUGUGGCUCAGCCAUUGAAUUCGAGGCCAGCUCCACUUCCAUGCCUCCCAAAAUGGUCUCAUCCAGUUCACAAGUGGGUGUCAAAGUAGAAGAAGCUGUUGGUGGUGUCCACAGUAAGGCGACCCCUGUUUCUGCAUCCAGCUACUCCUCCACUAUGCAAAACGCCCAAACUACAAAUUAUAGAGAGAGUAUUAUCAGUGGAGGCACCACAUCAGCAACCACCAUAGGCCAAACGCUGCUCGUACAGCAGCCACCUGUCUACGUUUCCCCUACCCCUAUGUAUGUGGUGGAACAACAACAUCCCACCCUUUUUUUGGCUUCUGGUCCAGUACCAGGUGUUCAAGAAAGCAAUGUGGUGCUGGUGGAGAAAGAGGGUACCAACAUGGUAAUGGCUGCCCAGUACACCCUUCCCAGGCUGGGGUUGCAGCAAGCACAUACUAAAGUGCUGGUGGAUCCAGGUAUUGGAGGCACAGUGGUGCAUGGGUUCUCAGGCCACCCUGAGCCUCAGGGCACUAUUUCUGGUACCUUUCAGGUUGUAGACAGCAUGGAGCCUCUACAUGUGGUGCAGAGCUUCUCGCACUCCAGCAUCAACAAGAAUCAGAGUAUGAAGGCCCAAGGGGAAAGUGGAGGGCUCAUGGCUUUUGGAAAUGCAUCAGUUAUCCCAAGUGCCCUUUCAAUGUCACAGUAAGAUGUGUCCCUGUUUAUUGUGUCAAAUGGUAGCACUCACAAAGAGAUGACAGAGGAAAGGGUUUCAGUUGUCGAGAAAAGUUUCCAGUCAAGCUCCACCUCCUAAUGCCUUGACAAAGAUACUCAACAUUCUACGUGCAGACCCUUAUUUUCAUGAUUCAGCCGUUUGUUCUGUGAAGAACAUCCCACAAACCUGAUUAACCAGAAGAUCAAAUUUACACUUAAUAAAGAGAAACAUGAACAAUUUUUCAAGAUCCAUGAAUUAAUUGAGAGAGAUGGGCAUAAUUAGUCAAAUAAUGUCACAUAUCUGUGAGGCUGUUUGUUAUAAAAGUUUAAUCAGGAUUGAGUAAUUGGGAAAUUGUUUGUAGUGGCAGUGUGUUCGAGUAUUCAGCUUGAAUAUCCAUCACUAAUAAUGAUCAGGACAGGCUUUUUAGGAGGUUUUGAUAUCCUGAUGUGUAUUUCCUGUAACUUAGAUGGGUAUCAACCAUUACAUGUAUCAUCAGUUUAUUUCUCACUUCAGAUAACAGAUAGUGAGUUUUGUUUGUUUGAUUGAUUGAUUGUUUCUCUGUUACUUUUAUAUUUCUAACCCAGUAAUGGAAAUAGAUUGCAAGAUUGUGUGCUUUUGGUAUCUGACCUGGGUAAAUUUGUGCUGUAAGCAUGCUAAAUAUCUCUUCAUGUGCCAGAAUAAACAGGAAGCCAUGCUCUGUGUCUUCUUUCGAAUUUGAAA